AUGCUUUCCACAAACUUGUAUAACAACAUCGAACUAGCCAGAAAACGUGAACAACAAAUUGAUACGUUAAAAGUUUUUAAUGAAAAUGUUACAGAAAUUAGUUUCGAUAAAGAAUACUCUGUUGAAUUUCCUACAAAAGCUGGGAAUUUGAGCUUGAUCAUUGAAUUGGGCUCAAGAUUUCCUUUCGAGAAGCCCACUAUGAAAAUAUGUCCUCGAAUUACCCAUAAAUGGGUGGACACUACCGGUGAAAUUGUUCUGGCUCCAGGAUUGAUGAAUUACACUAUUCACUCUGACUUAGGAAGAGUAGUACAGGUGAUAAGAAGAGAGUUUGAAUUAGACCAAUCACUUACACUGGCAAAUGGUGGUAAUAAUAAUGGUUUUUCAGGGAAUAUCGCCAUUGGUUCUGCCAAAAAUGCAAUCACCUCCCUCAGUAAUGAUGUAGAAUUUUUUAGUCUUGCAAAAUUAACGCCAGCUGAAUUACUACGUUUAAAUAAUAAUGUUGAUUGCCUAGAUGAAUUUAUUUCAGAAUUACCAUCAAUAGAAGCAUCUAAUAAAAACAUUGAAAAUACUAUCACAAAAAUAAUGGACUUAGCAAACUCAAACAUGUCUAAGGAAGAACCAAUACAUAAUUUAAGAUUAGAAAUAUCAAAACAAUUAGAAACAAUAGAAACUUAUCAAAAAUCAUAUGCUGGACUCUCGACAAAGUAUGUUAAGUUAUCAGAGAAAUAUUCUCCACAAUCAAUUUCGGAUAAUUUAAAAAAAGCUGCGUUGAAAUGUGAUGAGGAAAGUGAACGAAUAGCAGAACAGUUUUUAAAUGGCGAUUUAGAUUGUGAUAAAUUUCUACAAGUGUAUGUAAAAUCAAGAACAGUGUCUUAUACAAGGAAGGCAAAAGAAGACAGACUGAACUAUCAGUUAAAGCAAUUGAAAGAGGCUGGGUUUUAA